UGUUUCUUUGUCCUCCUUCAUAUGUCUAAUUUAAAUGUUGAUGAAAGUCAUUCAAAACUGCUGCAGACAUCUUUGGAAAAAUUACUCAGCGAGCUUGUUCUUCUUUACAACUCAGAUGAACAGAACAGCACGCUUGUUCAUUCGGAUAGGCAAAGUAGCAAAGCUCGUUUGCGAGCUAUUCUGCUUUGUAAGAGAAUCGUUUUGUCUAACCCGAAAGCACUUGAGAUGAAAUGGGCACAAUUUGCUAUUGAUAUAAUUAGUGGGUUGAAGAGAAUGGAAAUGAGAAGAGGUUACCAUUCUCAAGACGAAAAUAUUUCACACAGUUUUACUUGGGAUAGAGAAGAACUUCGUUAUGUUUUUCAUGUAAUGGACAGUCUGUUUUUGUUUGCAAUUCGGCAAAAUUGGAAAUGGCAUGACAAGGAGCUCGUAGUUUUCAUGAAAGAUAUUGCUGAAGGAGCCCUUGAAGAAAUGCAUAAUCUUCUGCUUGCAUACGAAACUAUAGACAAAGAUUAUUUUUUGUUGUCUUGUGCUGCUUGUUCUCUUCUGUUAGAAUUAGAAGCUCGUCAGAGUUUAGUUUCCGAACUUCUUCCUCGUUACCGUGUUGAUUUUUCAGACAAAUUAUCACUGUUUGCUUUGCACAUUUUGCUUCAUGUUGUUAUUCACAAGCCAACUUUGCAAUCGGAUCCAGCAAUAGUUAGCAUUGCCAAACUGGCUAGAAAUUAUCCUCCGUCGAAAUUGACGGACAUAUCCGUUUUAAUGCAGUGUUAUAGUCUGUUACACAGUUUGAAUCAGGAAAUACGCUUAACUGGCUACACAUUACUGGUUGAACGCGAUCCCAGUUAUCUUAUUGCAGAUGUAUGCCAUUCAGAAGAGGAGACAAUUACUUGGUUCAGUGGAGACAUUGAGAAGAUUCUUUCAUUUCCACUCAAUGUAACCUGGUUUGAUGAACUUGAUUCAACCUGUUUUAAUGAAUUGGUUGAGAGUCAAGUGCCUCGUUUUUACGGUUACUUUUUGACUUGGGUUUUAUUUCUGAACUACAAAAGCCAAGGCUAUCUCGAAUUUAACAGGAUAUUUUCGGAAUAUUUGAGAGAGCACUUUCAAUUUUUCAAUUAUUUCGUAACAUUUAUUGGGGAGUAUUCGGUAUUUAGAAUGAAUGAUUGUUCCAGACAGCUGCAAAAAUUAGUGACAGACUCAGCUUCUGCUUCGUGUAAAGAAAAUAAUUUGGAUGUGAGUGAGUUGUUGCUCGAAUCUGAUAACGACUUGCAUACCUGGUUUUCUAGUUGUGCUAAAACUUUUGGGUUUUGUCUUGCACAGCUACCAGCACUAUCGAGACGUUGGUAUAAUGACUCGCUGUCAAACGAUAGAAGAGCGAAAGUAGAUGCUUUCGUACGAAAGUAUAUUUCAGCAAGUAUUAUCGAAAAAGAAUUUCAUCUUUUGCAGGUAUCUUUCGAAGGCUCUCAGAGAAGUGUGGGUAGCUUGCAGCUCAAGCCUGUAACUAUCACCCGUGAAGUGACUGCCAUCUAUUCUUUCACAGAUACGAGGAUAGAGAUCGUCUUGAGGCUUCCUGAGGAGUUUCCUCUCAGCUUGGUUACCGUAGAACCAAAGACUGCUAUUGGCAUGACGGAAUCUAAAUGGCGUAAAACAGUUCUAGCAAUGUCAUCGCUUCUAGCUAUGAAGGAUGGUAAUCUAAGAGAUGCAAUCGAUCUUUGGAGACGCAAUUUGGACAGACAGUUUGAAGGAGUAGAAGAAUGCCCAAUCUGUUAUAGUAUUUUGCAUAUUAGUAAUGGUACUCUUCCUCGAUUGGAAUGUGUAACUUGUAAGCACAAAUUUCACGCUGCAUGUCUCUACAAAUGGCUUCAAAGCAGUGCAACUUCUUCCUGUCCCCUUUGCCGUACAGUAGGAAGAUUUUUCAAGUAAGAUACAAUGAUAGGUUGAUACGAAAAUGUGUGCCAAAGUUAGCAGCUUGUUCAAGUAUUUAUCACAGGGGAAGUUUUGGAAAGACAGAGUUUUAGAAGUUUUAAUAUUCCUUCUGAGGAGGAGUGGUAAAAGCUUUUUUCAACCUAUUUUUCUCCCCAAAUAUGCCAGUAAUAAGACAGUAAAAAUUGACAGUGAUAUAAAAAUUAUUCCAAGAACUUUAUCCUGGAAUUCAGCAAUCUCUAUUACAGGUAACUGGGAGACUUAAGUUCUGGUACUGGAAAGAAGUUCAACCUACCAUAGCUAUACUAGGAAGUGCACAUAUUGUCAAGUUACUUCUUUGAACAGGAGACUUGUUUAUACCAGAGACACCUCGAAAUCUCCUUACUUGAACAAAUUCUUUCCUCAAAUGGAAACUAGUUGUUCGGCAAAACCUAUUGGAGAUUUCAAGGAACGCCACCAUAGCAAUUCCUUUCAUCAUCGAUUGCGAAGCAAAAUGCUUGUUGUGGCUAUCUAAUUCAGUGAAUUUUGGUGCAUUUUGAAUUUUAGACUAGCAAAUAUUUUACGAUUCAGAAAUGCAGUAAAUCAUGAAAAGGUUCA